GACAAAUUGCCAUUUUUCCAAUCUUAUGGCACUUUUCAAAUAUAUGAAAAACAAAUCGGUUCUGGGUUACGGGAGAUGUUCUGAAGUUACGUUGUUUCAGUCUUAAUGCCGUAGGCAACAAAAGACUGGAACUAGUUUCUUAGCAUGUACGUAGUUAACUGGACAGUAAUCUACUCUAGGUUGCUCACCCAGUAUAGCAAUACUACAGAAAGGCCUCACUUGCAUGUUUGUGUCUUCAUCACUAUUUUUCAUUUUUAUAGAUUCUUUAAUAUGGUGUUCCGACUUGUGUCGUUUUCUGACUUUCACACCUCAGGCAUGGAACUCUGAUGUAAGUUGGGGGACUGCCUGUAUACAUGAACCUUUGGAAGUUAGGCUUGAAGCAAAGUAAAGCAAUAGGGCUCACAGCAGUUGAGAAUGUCUCUUAGAGUUUUCUGUCAAUUAGCCUGGGUAUAAAUUCUGUUCAUCUAAAGUAAGAAAGUCCACACCAGCACUUCAACCUGAAUUCCAUUUGUGAAGGUGGAUCAAAGUCAGACUGAUGAUAUUAUAACAAAGAAAAAAUUAUUUAGCUGUUCUCAGCCGAGUUAUUAAUAGUACUGAUAAAACACUUAAAAUCCAUUUUUAAAUCUGGGAAAAACAGAGAAUGCUUUAUCAUUGACACAGAUUAAAGUAAUGUUCUUCUACAAAAUAAGUAAUGCCUACUCACCACAAGGUACAAGAAGUAUAUGGCUGUUUGGCCCUCCAGCUUGCAAGAAAGUAAAUGAAAAUAUAAUUUUUUGGAUACUAGGUUUUGUGCCAGCCAAAUAGGCUUUAUCAUCACUUACUCCUUCCAAAAUAAUUACUAUAUCCCAUCUGUCUUUAAAGAACCCAUCCAUUGUUUACCAGUAACCAGAAAGGUGAACCGAAAUCUAUGAAGUCAUCAGUGAGAUACUGGAUUUGUACUAAUGCUGAAUGAAAACACUGUGUGAGCAUGAAAGCCCAAUAUCUUCCAUCUGAUCAAAAUUAAUCAACCGGUCACCAGUGACAGGUGGCAUAUUAGUGGGGUUGACAAAGCUGAGAUGAAGUCAUCAAGCGCAGAAUACAUACAGUUGUGAAGUCAUCAAGCGCAGAAUACAUACAGUUGUUGGAAGAUUGACUUACGAUCUUAAUUCAGAUCAUCCCAAAGAUAGCAUAAGGUUGCUAGAGUUCUUCGGUAAAGAUAUGGAAGUUUCUGACUUUUUCAGUGGAUUUUAUUAUCACUGAUCAUCAGUUUUGAUUGCUAAAUCAUUUUAGAGUUGUGAUAUGUUGACAACAAUUGAAUAAUAGUGAGAAUAGUUAGGCAAAUUAAUUACUAAUUUAGUUAUAAUCAGUUAUAAUCCUUACUGAAUGUUGGACUUAUAACACAACCAUGGUAAAGAUAGAAAAUGCUCUCAAUAUUUAUUUGUCAUUUAAAAUUGUUGUUUAUUGCAGAUAAGGUAUUGCUGGUUUUAGUGUGAUUGGCUUAUGAUGAAGUAAUUGAUAUUGGCAUAUGGACUAGUUUUUAUGAAAAUAUAUGAAAAGACAUUGUGUAAUUGAAAACAGACUAAUAAUUAUUUUUUUUCUCAUGAAACAUUUGGAUGCAGCUUUCUUGUGCAAAAGACAUAAAAGUAAAUGAUAAUAGAAAAUUAUACAGAUUUACGAGAGAUCCUUCCUUAUGUUAAGAACUUUUGAUAUGUGAAGCACAUGGGCAAUUGGUCUCUUCAGAAAUAUCUAUGGUAGAAAGGUGAAACAUUUUGUGGCAGAAAAACUAAGAAGGAUUCAGUACUCUGUGAAAAUGGAAACUGAAGACCCAUCAUCCUCUUUAAUAAACCCAGAAAAUGAAAAUGUGGAUAUUCCAGUUGCAGAAAAUGAUGGUGUAGCAUUGUUUUUAGAACCUGAAGCUGUGGACUUUGAAGAAACUGAGACGAUGGAAGCGAAAGACCCACUAUCAUUGUCAUCAAUUCAUGAUAAAAAUGAAAAUUUUGAGAGUCAUCUGACUGUAGGUGCAGAUGAUGAUGAGGGCUCUUUGUACUCAGGCCCAUCAAUUGAGGUUGAGGUCAAGGCAGAGCCACAAGUUUUCGAGUUUGAUGAAACUACAGAUGGUGAGAAGGACUCUCUAAGUUGUGACGAAGAAUGUAGUCAGAAAAUGACUGGGAAAGGAUGUGUAAAGGAGCUCAGAGGUCACGGGAAGACUCGUAAAGAAAAGAAGCUGCACACUUGUAAUGAAUGUGGGAGAACGUUUUUACAGUCGAAGAAACUAAAACUACACAUGAGAACUCAUACAGGAGAAAAGCCUUACACUUGCACUGAAUGUCAAAGUCGUCUUUCUACUCCAGAGAGUCUGAAAGUGCACAUGAGAAUUCACACGGGAGAGAAGCCAUUUGUUUGUGCUGAAUGUGGAAGCCAAUUUAGACAACUAAGUGCAUUUAAAAGGCACAUGAAAAUUCAUACUGGAGAGAAGCCAUUUGCUUGCACUGAAUGCAAAAGUAGAUUUUCAGAGGCAGACCGACUUAAAAGACAUAUAAGAGCUCACACGGGAGAGAAGCCGUUUGCUUGCACUGAAUGUCCAGUUAGUUUUUCUCAGUCAACUGAUCUCAAAAGACACAUGAAAUUACAUACUGGCGAGAAACCAUUCUCUUGUAAUGAAUGUCAAAGUAGUUUUUAUUCUUCGAGUCAUCUCAAAAGACACAUGAGAAUCCAUACUGGAGAGAAGCCAUACACUUGUCCCGAAUGUCACAUGAGCUUUUCGCAGUCACAUUGUCUAAAAGCUCACCUGAAGGUGCAUACAUGAGCGAUGAUAUUAUGUUGCAAUGAGUAUAGAAAUAUUUUUUCACUUUAAUAAGGCUGUAGGUGGUAGAUGUUCAUACUUUUUCAAUAACUGCUGACUAUUUGUAAUGGCCCCAAACAGGUUAUUAUACUAUGUUACAGUGCAUGUUAGUAGGAAAGUUCUAAAGUUACCCAAGACAGUGGAAAGCAGUUCAACACCAGACUUUUGUAGAAUAUUUUGCAGAAAAAUAGGAGUAAGAAUGAUUUGACAAGUGGUUAUUUUCUAAAGAAUUCAAGUCAGAUGUUCAUUUUGACAUUAUUUAUAACCAUUUAAAUGAUAAAAGUGUACAUAUUUUGGAAGAUGAUUAAUUUACUGUACAGUAUAUAAAGAACUGCACUAUCACACAAUAUUUUCUUUUUUGGGAAGAAUGAAAAUGCUUAAAGUACUGUAGGCAGCAGACUACCUAGGCUAGGCUGCAAAUUCAGUCUCGGUAAUCCUUCUUAGUGAUGAGAGUAAAUCUUAGCAAGAUCGGCCCCCAUUCUACAUUUCUCUCAAAAUGUGUUUUACAGUUAGUUGAUGCCAUUUGCAUUGUACUAUUGCAAGAAGUCAGGUUGUCAACUGAAGAGUAUUUAAGUUAAGAAAAACAAAAGUCUGAAAUUAAAACCAGAGCUCACAGAAUGUUCUUUAGUGAGUUAAUGAAAAUUCUAGUUUUUCAAUGUAAAAAUAAAAUGUUUUCACAUACACAGCCAUUACUUAUGUGAUCCUUUAGCUAUGGUAGUAGUCAUUUCCAGAUGCAUCAAAGGAUAGAAUGCCUCUCUUUUCACACAUAUGAGUAUUCAUCCUGGUCCCUGAGUGCCUGUAGUUGGGGAUUCUCAUCAGUUUUUACAUAGCCUGAACCAGCUGCAGCUUGCAGUGGCCAUUUUUUUUUAACAAAGUACAAUGGAUUUGUAUAUGUAAGUAUUAGUACAGUAAUUUUAUUUCCAUUCCACAUACACGCAUUAUUUUAUAUGAGCCUGAGUAGCAACUGGGUGGAAGACCUCAUUAAUAGAAAAUUACUAAGGGAUCUGAAACCAGGAGGGUUAUUGGACUGAAGGACAAUAUUGGAUAAAAGGCAAGCCAUAUUGAGCCCAACAAUUCGUAAUGGGUUGCGCCAUGUUAGAACAGUGAUCGUUUGUAAGUAAAAUUUCAUGCUAGAAGCAUGAGGAGCUUGUGCAGCACAAGAUGACCAUGAUUGUGGAGAACAAGGUCUAUCAGGAGUGAGGAGUGAGAGCUAUAAAGUACUCUGUUUGGUGUGUGUGCUCUCGCAGGUAAGCGUACCAAAGACUAAGAAUAUAUGUGAGCAAGAAAGGAAAUAUAAUUGCGGUUGCAAGGCACUAACAACCAGUAACAAAAGCUAAAAGAUUAAAGAAGAAAA